AUGGCUUAUGGAAAAAGUAUAUGUGGUUUGAAAGUUGGAUUUUUUAUAGUUCUGUUAUUAGUUUUUACCGUUAAUGGAUAUGAAAAAACUUUGCGUAAAAUCGUACGAAGCCAGUCAAAAAUGGUUCAGAGGCCAUUUAGUGAAAUGGAAGGAGCGGUUUGGAAAAAUGUUUCACUGUCUUCAGGCCCUUAUCGAACUAAAGUCCACGAAGCCUUAUUUUCAGGUGUUUCCCAAGUAAAACAAGUAUUACAUAAAAAGCAGCGUCCUAAAAUGUCAACCAUUUUAUCUGCAGUAGAUACUACCCGUGGUGCUUCAGGUUACUCUAAAUUUAAAAUGGGUAUACGAGGAAACCUGCAUCCGAAUGAGCUUAGGCUAGCCCGCGAAACAUUAACCAAAAUUUCGCCAUCAAAUAGCGUUCUGUUUCCCGAAGACAACAAAUUAGAUAAAAUAAACAAUAAUAGUUACACACAAGAAUUAACUGUAAAUUCCUUUUACGAAAUACCAAAGCCGUCCAGGUUUUUUCCUCUGGUUGAUGAACAAAUUAUACAAAGAGCGAAAGUAAAAAUAAAUGAUAAAAUAGAUGAUAAAGGAAAACCGAUGCUUAAAUUAGGGAAUCAAGAGUCCCAUACAAAAAAUAGUGAAAAAGGGAUGUUUGUAAUAAAUACCGAUGUUAAUGAAAAAUCUUCAGACAUAAAUGAUUUACAUGUGCAAAAACUUCAGGAAUUCGAUGUUGACUCUGAUAAAGUUGAUUUUUUAAUUGAAGAAGGAACUCCCAAUGUCUUCCCCUUAUAUAACUACAGUAUACCUUUUAACCGUCACACAUGUGUAACUUUACAACAGUAUAAAGCAGACAUCGAUGCGCAGGAAAAAUUUUCGGAAUUCGAAAUUGAGCCUCCUUGGGUUAUGAAGAAACAUUUUUGGAACAACAUCUUCGACAGCCGUUACGAGUCCUUAAUGAGGAAUUCAAAAUGGCCACCGUUAAAAGUUAUUUUAGUGCCGUAUACUCAUGUCGACUCAAUCUGGAAACAUACCUUUGAACAAUAUCACAAUAAUAGUGUUAAUAAAAUUAUAUCUAAUUUGGUAAAGAAGCUACAGUUUUACAGCAAUCUUACAUUUACUUGGAACGAAGUAUCGCAUUUAAGCCAAUGGUGGCAAACGACUACUCAAAAAAAUCGUUCGGCGUUUCGUCGUUUGGUGCGAACCGGACGAAUUGAAAUAACUACAGGGGGAUGGGUAGAAACUGAUGAAGCAACAACGCAUAUAUUUGGACUUCUACAUCAACUAAUGGAAGGACACCUGUGGCUGAAACAUCAUUUAAAUAUCGUCCCAAAAACAGCGUGGCUAACAAACAGUGUUACUCAUAGUCCUACUAUGACCUUUUUACUAUCUGCAUGUGGAAUAUCUAACCUUGUUUUUACUAAUAUUCAUUAUUCUUGGGAAAAAUAUUUGGCUGAAUAUCAGUACAGUGAUUUUAUUUGGGUACAGAGCUGGGAUAAUAAUAUUUAUAGUCAAUCAAAUCUCGAUGAUGCCCUAAAUAAGAUCGGCAAGGAAAGAUUUCCAAAAAACUCAGUAAUUACUCACUUUCUGCAGUUCAAUUCGGAUGGAUUUAAAGCUUGUGGACCUGAUAAAAAUGUGUGUAUCUCACACUAUAAUUUUGCAAAAUCAAGCAAAAACGUAGUCAUCAAUACUUAUAAUGUUAAAGAAAAAUCUGAAAUACUCCUUGAACAGUACUCUAAAACAGGCACUAUUACACCUCAUAACGUAAUUAUUGCUCCUUUAGGAGGGCCGUACCAUUAUGAGGUACAAACAGAGUUCGAUUACCAAUUUAGUAACUAUCAAAAAAUUGCUGAUUUUGUUAAUGUUAAUCGCGAAAUAUAUAAAGCAACAAUACAAUUUGGCACUCCAAAAGACUAUUUUAGCAGUAUCUUUGAAAAACAAAAAUUAUAUCCUACUCUAAAGGGAGAUUUUCUAAAUUUUGCUGAUAUCAGUAAUGGUACUCCGGCAUACUGGUCAGGCUUUUUUACGACACGACCUUUGCUUAAAAUUCUCUUAAGGCGUCUUCAAUGUACUCUACGUACAACGGAGAUUCUUUUUUCUUUUGCUUUAAGUUCUAAUGCUUUUAGGGGAAAUAAUGUUUCAGAAUUAUUCAAUAUUUUGAUAAAGGCAAGAGAAACAACUGCUCGCUUACUUGAUCGAAAUGUUGUAAGCGGUACUUUGACAGCAAAUAUUUUAAAAUAUGUUCAUAAGCAAAUAUUGGUGACUGUCAAAGAUUGUUGGUAUAUACAAGAAACCAGCGCAAGUUUGAUAAGCAUAAAAUCCGAUCAAAAUGUGACUUAUCUUCAGAAAUAUGUGUACAGAGAUGGAGAAUUUAUCUCAGCUUUUAGAACUGUUACUUCAGGAGAUCAAAUAUAUAUAUUUAACUCUUUAAGCCAUGAAAGGACAGAGAUAGUGGAAUUAGUUACCCGAAACCCUAAUAUUAGAAUAAUAGACCAUAAUAGAAAUGAUGUUACGAUACAAAUAAAUCCUAUAUGGAACUAUCAAACAGGAAAUAUUAUAAAGAUUUCAAGGCAGUUUUUUGUGGUCGCCUUCGAAAUAGUUGUGCCACCCUUAACGCUAGAACUGUUCAAAAUAAAGGAAACUUAUGAUGCUUCUUCAAGUGCUGCCACAAUUUACUGUGUUUCAUGUGUAGUGGAUGACACCCCUGCUAAUGGACCGAUAUUUCCUUUUAACAUUGAACCAAUAGAAAAUGGAGACAUUCAGCUAGAGAGUUAUAAACAUCGGCUCAUAUUUGAUGAAAUCUCCGGUUUUUUAAAAACAGUAGUUGAAAAAGAUACGAAUAAUAAAAAAGCUGUAGUUAUUGAUUAUGGUGCUUUUAGAAGUUCCGAUAUAAAUUCGGGUAUGUUCUUAUUUAACACGAACGCUUCUAAGCCACUCCAAGAUAUUUUAUUACCUUAUCGUGUUGGUACUAAAUCCAAAAUUGUUUUAAUAAUUUCUGGACAAGUAACAACAGAAAUAACCACAAUUUUUGGCCGAAUCUUGCAAAGUACCUUUAGAAUAUUUAAUUUAAUCAACAGUCCUCUUUCAACUGCAAUUUUUUUGGAAAGUAAAACAGAUUACGAAGCAUCGCCAAAAAACAGAGAAUUGGAACUGUUUUUAUCUAUACAAACUAAUAUAAAUAAUGGUAAUCCACCUGAGUUAAUAAUUGAUAACAAUGGUUUUCAAUACACACCUCGGCUUAUAAAUAUAAGCAGACGAGUGGAAUCAAAUAUGUACCCUAUAACUAGUAUGGUUUUUAUACAAGACCACCAAAAUCGCCUAACGGUAUUGACCGAUCACGCUCAAGGAGUAACAUCUUUACAGGAGGGUCAAUUAGUAAUUAUGUUAGAUCGUAGGGUUCUUUUCAAUGAUGCUCGUGGUUCAGGUGAAGGUCUAGCUGACAGUAGUACUACGUAUCACAAACAUAUUUUAUUAUUAGAAAAUUUCAUAAAUUCUAAGACAUUAAACAUUGUCGAUGAAAACACUAAUGUACAAUUGCCUAGUUUAAAUGCAUUAUAUUUAGCCAAUACACUAAAUUAUAACUUAGAUGUAUAUUUUAUUGACAGAUCUCAAGCAGAUCUUUGUUACUAUGCGUUUCUUCCAUUGAUUAAAACUGCAUUUCCGUGUGAUAUUUUUGUUUUAAAUUAUAGAUUAAUAUUGAACAAAGGUUCACUAGAAAGACUGUCCGUAAACACCGCUCUACUAACAUUGCAUCGACAGAGCUUCACGUGUGAAAUAAGUCAUUAUAUGCAACAAAAUUGUAAUGGGGAUGGAACCUUUUCAUUGGAGAAAAUAUUUCGUAAUGUAAAAGCAGUUUAUCAAACGAACUUAUGUGGCACGAAUGAAGGAACACCAAUUAUUAACAUUAAUAAUGGUAAUUUUGCUCCAAUGGAGUUGACCACACUUCGGAUAUAUUUUUGA